UUGAUACCCACUUAUUACUUCUUAAAUUGCUCCAUUCGUUUUUGCCUUCUCACACAGCAUAACGUGAACUUCAACUCUGAAGAAUGUUUUAAUGGUGAAGAAAACAAUAUUUUGCCUAAGAACUGAUGUUAGGAUUCUGAGUUUCUCUGCAGCAAUGGAUAGCACUGAUGUACCCACAUAUUCCUAAAGCGGAACAUGAAGCUGGGUUCCUUUCAUCCCAUUAAGUGCUAAUGAAGUUGUUCAGUACCGCCGAGGCAAUGCAGAUUCAUGAAUUUGGGUUUUGGGCAGGUUACAUCAGCACAGUCUGGCAGAGGCCAAGCACACUACAGCAUAUAUAAUUGCUAGAGAAAGUUGAGAGCAGUAUUAUAUAGUUUGAAAAAGAAUAAUUUUUGAACAACAGAAGUCUCUCUAUGCCUGAAGAUGGGUUUCCAUUAAAUCAGCUGGCGAUGUCUAUGAUCUUAUCUGCCUCCGUGGUCCGUGUGAGGGAUGGACUCCCACUCUCUGCCUCUACAGAUUGUGAACAGAGUACAGGUGUGCAGGAAUGUAGGAAAUAUUUUAAAGCGCUCUCAAGGAAACUUGCUCAGCUUCCCGACAGAUGUACGCUGAAAACGGGGCAGUAUAACAUAAAUUUUAUUAGCUCUCUGGGAGUGAGCUAUAUGAUGUUGUGCACUGAAAAUUACCCCAGUGUCCUGGCUUUCUGCUUCCUGGAUGAGCUUCAGAAGGAGUUCAUCACCACCUAUGAUAUGCUGAGGACAAAUACUGCCAUCCGACCAUACUGUUUCAUAGAGUUUGAUAAUGUCAUCCAAAGGACCAAGCAGAGAUAUAACAACACACGGUCUCUAUCGACAAAGAUAAAUCUUGCUGACAUGCAGAUGGAAAUCAAGCUGAGACCACCUUAUCAAAUUUCUCUGUCUGAAUUUGGUUCAGCUAAUGGAUUUGCGCAUUUAUCUGCUGUAGAAUUUAAGGGUACCGGUAAGAUACCUGCUGCCUGCUGUAAUCCUCUCUCUGGAAGAGGUUAUAGUGUCACAAGUGGAAGCCAGAGAUGGGAACAAUCUGUGGUUACAAAAAUACCAAAUCUUUGUGAUGUAGCUCCUCAUCAGCGACUGGAACCCUUGACUUUGCCAGGGAUUGUCUCAUUUAUACUUAGCCUGUUAUGCGGGGCUUUGAAUUUAAUUCGAGGCUUUCAUGCCAUAGAAAGCCUUCUGCAGAACGAGGGGGAAGAUUUCAGUUACGUCAUUGCAUUUUUCCUUGGAACAGCAGCCUGCUUGUACCAGUGUUAUUUAUUUGUGCAUUACACGGGCUGGCGGAACGUCAAAUCCUUCCUGAGUUUCGGUUUAAUCUGCCUGUGCAACAUGUAUCUGUACGAACUGCGCAAUCUCUGGCAACUGUUUUUUCAUGUGACAGUGGGAGCAUUUUCAACGUUGCAAAUACGCCUGAGACAGCCGCAAGGGAAGUCCCCUGAUUACAACGUGUGAUGCACAUCCUGGGAUACCUCAAGGCAGUCUGGUUCCAACUCAACUACUUUUCCCCUCUCAGGAAUGCAAAGCUUUUGUCCAAAAGAAGCGGUUUUCUGGAUUUUUUUUAAAGCAACACAAGAUGCCUGUGGACAUUUGUGACUUGAAAGUUAAACUUGUCCUCCAGGAAGAACUAAAAAUGCAAAAGAAUUCAGCACUAAUGGAGGAAAGAGGGUCCUACCCAUGCAAUUAAAAGUUUGAGGACAAAUAAAAGUUUGGAGAACUUGACUGAUGGCAUGAAGUAGUCUCAUUCAAAAAUAUGAUAAUGGAAAAGAUGUAUAUAGUGCGUGUCCUGCAUAUCAAGGGAGCGCUCUAGUUCCAGAAUUGGUUUUGCCUUUGUGAGGCAGUAGUAUAGCUAAAUAAAAAGAUGCUAUUACAUAUUAACAAACUAUAUUUGGAAUGAGUGAGUUACGAAAUGCCAGAAUAUUGGAUUGCAUAUUAAAUUUGAUAGGAUGUGUGUGUUCAUUUUCUUAAUUAAGACCUAACUUAGAAACCAUCUGUUUACAGGGAUUAGUUCAUUGGCCCCAGUGGCCCUUCAUCUAGUGCUGUGUUAAUUAUAAAUACUGGUACAUUGGUUUCUCUGUAUAAUUUGCUUUUAAUGAUCUUUUGAAAGUAACUUGAAUAGGCAGGUUUUUAGUAACAAUUGAAAAUUCUGCCUCUUACCCCACAGGUCUUACUCUCUUUGUCUGUUUGCUUGCUGAAAGGUUGAAAAGAAGUCAGACUAAUUGACAAACGGGGUGAUAUGCAACCUGCUUGACACGUUACUCUCCUUUUAUGAGAUCGAUUGGUGGCUGAAACUUGGCCCAAUACAUAGGCAGCUAGUAGCAGUCUUCCUUCCAGUAAUGCACACCAAGUUUAGCUAGGGAAAAAAAAAUCCAUCUCUAGUCUGGGGAUUGUUUUUGUUUUUGUUUGGUGGCUUUGCAUUUUAUAGAAUUGGAGUGAAACCCAGCUAAUCCAUAUUAAUAGCUGCUGUAGAUUCCUGGAGUUUACAAAUGUAGUCAGCAAGCGAACAUACCAAAAACAUGGAAACGAGGACAAGGCCCAUACAUUUUAUUUUGACAAUUAUCUUGUGAGUUUGAAUUAUUUAUGUUGCUGAAUAGCAUAAUAGUAAAUGCACUUUAGUAUAGUCCACACAUGUAACAAGGUGUGGUAAUAUGCCUCUUCACUAAAGCAUUUAGUGAAGUUUUUAUAGACAACACUGCCAUGUUACUUUUUGGAGAUGUAUGAUAUUCUUGUGAACAAGCAGUUCUUGACUUACAAUUUUUUGAGUUGCAGCAAACGGCACUUAAGACCAUUAUAAAUUUCAACCUGUUUUGAGGUUCGGAUGCUGAUUUUGAUUUUACAAUGCUCGACACGGCUGCCUCCAGCUGGUAAGUCUGUUGUGGUGGUGGUGGAGGGGGGGCAGAUCAAUGCCCCUGCAGCGAGGAAGAGGUUGGGAUUGGGGCUGGGACGGGGCUGCCCAGCCAGGACGUGGGGGGUGGCUCCCCUCGUCCAGUGGCUCUUGCGCUGUGCGCCACUGGUCUAGGAGGGCAUGGGGGGGGGAUGUGCCCCUGGAUCUGCACAGGGUGUGUGGGGCCGGGGCUGCACCAGGUUGCACUUUGGGCCAGCCACAGAAGGUGCUGCAAGCAGGGGCUAUGCCCUCCCACCACUUCCACAGCUGGAGCCACUGUGGUGCCUCCAGACAAGUGGUGCGCAGCAGCGGGAGCACCCCCGGCCUUUCCGUGCCUCCUGGACAAGCCGUGGCUUUGCCCCGCCCUGGCCAGGUGAGUGGCAGCAGUAGUAUGGCAUGGUGGGGGGUGCCUCCAGAUCUGCGCGAGGUGGGCAGGGCCGGGGCUGCGCUCUGGGUGGGGGUUACAGCAAACUUUAGGGUGGCUGCAGCCCCCCCACAACCCCCACUCCGCCACCCACUCUGCCCUGAUUCGGGGGCACAUGCCUCCCCGUGCCGUGCUGCGGCCACUGCUUGCCCAGCUCGGACGGGAUGGGGGAACGACGCAGGUUGGAGGUGCAGGGAGGCCGGGCUGGCUGCCCCCAUGCCCUCCUGGACUGACGAUGUACAGCGGCGAGAGCCGGCAGACGGGCAGGUCCUGGACCGGCGGUGCACAGCAGCAGGAACAGCCCCCUGUCCCAGCCCCAAUCCCUCCCUUGCUGUGGGGGCAUUGAUCUGCUGGAGGUAGCUGUGUCGAUUGUCGUAAAGAAACCAAUCCCCCGUUUAUAACGUUCCUAUGGCAAAGCUGGCACCGAGUUACGACGUUUCGACUUAAGACGCGGUGUUCAGGAACUAAUUGUGUUGCAAGUCUGAGGAUGGCCUGUAUCUUGAAAUGUUGCUUGUGGCAGAUACCUUGGAGCAGGCCCCACCAAAAUAGUUUUCCUUGCUAAUUAAUUUGGGAACCAGACUGAUGACAAGGCAUCCUGGUUUUCUCUGUUAAAAAAUCCAGAAUUCUCUGAUAAACCCAUCCAACAUUUUCUGGUUAAAAACCCCAAAAUCUGCAUUUUUCCACA